CUUUUCAACUAUUUUUCGCAUGUGCGUUCAUCCGCCACUUCUCUGCGCUCUCCUCGAGUGCGGGUUCUUCGUCAGUUGCCGGCGACUUGAGGCGGCGGAGAGGAAAGCAGGCCGCCAUGAGAAAGGGCGUAAGGAAACCUAAGCUCAAGCUCGAGCUCGCGCUCCCGGCUCAGGAAACUUCCAUUAAGAAAUUCCUGACGGAGAGCGGAACUUUCAGGCAUGAGGAUUUACUGGUUAAUAAGGACGGACUUCGGAUUGUGUCUCGCGGCGAGGCGGGCGAGAUACACCUUAUUAGACCAUUGGACAAACAGUUGGCAUUAGCUGACAUGGACAUAGUUAAAGUGAUUGGGAAUGGCAGUGCUGGAAUCGUACAAUUGGUUAGACAUAAGUGGACUGGCCAGUUUUUUGCUCUUAAGGUAAUACAAAUGAACAUUCAAGAGAAUGCACGCAAGCGGAUUGCCCAGGAGUUGAAGAUUAACUUGUCAUCACAGAAUCCAUAUAUUGUGGUGUGUUACCAGUCUUUUUAUGACAAUGGUGCCAUAUCAAUAGUCUUGGAAUACAUGGAUGGUGGUUCUCUCUCAGAUUUUCUAAGGAAAGUUGGAUCAAUUCCUGAGCCACAUUUGGCUGCAAUUUGUAGUCAGGUACUUCGAGGAUUAAUAUUUCUCCAUCAUGAAAAGCAUAUUAUUCACAGGGACUUGAAGCCAUCAAACAUACUCAUCAAUCAUAGAGGGGAAGUAAAGAUAUCUGACUUUGGUGUGAGUGCUAUCCUUGCAAGCUCCUCAGGCCAAGGAGAUACGUUUACUGGGACUUACAACUAUAUGUCUCCAGAAAGAAUCAGUGGGAACAAGCAUGGCUAUCUAAGCGACAUUUGGAGCUUGGGUUUAGUUAUGCUUGAGUGUGCAACAGGCCAAUUUCCCUAUCCACCAGUUGACAGUUUCUUUGAGAUUCUUGAUGCUGUAGUCGAUCAGCCAGCUCCUUUUGCCUCCCAAGACCAAUUUUCUCCGGAGUUUUGCUCAUUUAUUUCCUCAUGUGUACAAAAGAAUCCCAAGGAUAGACAAUCUGCACAGUUGUUACUGCAACACCCUUUCUUGAUUAAGUAUGAUGGUUCGAACAUCGAUCUCGCUUUGUAUUUCACGAGUGCCGCGGCUCCUUUAGCCACCUUCGGCGGUCCGAUAUGAUUGCUACAUUUUAAGAAAUUUUAUAUACGUGAUUGAGUUUCUUGCUGUUUAAAGAAUUGUAACUUUUCUCAAUCUGUAUAGUUCCCACUUAACACUGUUUUGUAUGGCAUGGAAAAGCAUUAUCAACAUCAUCAUUUUUAUGCCA